AUAACCUUCCACAUCUUGUGUCAACUUCUCCAACUGUGUGAAAAUUCACUUUCAACUGUGUGAAAGUUUGUAAUGGCAGUGAGCAACAACAUAAUAGCUACAAUAAACUUCAUAGCACUUAUAUGUUCAAUCCCUAUCAUCUUCACCGGCAUCUGGCUCGCUUCCAAACCUGACAACCAUUGCAUCCGCUCACUUCCUUGGCCCAUUGUCUUCGUUGGUGUCCUUUUCCUCCUCCUUGCCCUCACUGGCUUUAUCGGUGCUUACUGGAAUAAACAGGGAUUGCUGGCCUUCUAUCUUUUCUGCAACGCAGCCUUAAUUGUCACUGGAAUUAUUCUUCUCAUACUUGCCUUCAUUGUCACUCACCCUUCAGGUGCAUACUCUGUUCCAGGUCGGGAAUACGACGAGUACCGUUACAUGGGGUACUCUGAGUGGCUCAGGGAGCAUAUCACUGAUCCCGAAAACUGGGGGAGUAUAAGGGCGUGUUUGGCGUCAUCUUCGGUUUGUAAGAAAAUGGUUUGGGCUUCUUACACUGCACCCGAGUUCUUUGCUUCUCGUAUCUCCUCUCUUCAGUCUGGAUGCUGCAAGCCUCCAACAGUGUGCGGGUAUCAAUAUGUGAACCCAAUCACAUGGAUCAACCCAACAAAUCCAAUGGGGGACGUGGACUGCAUGUUAUGGAACAAUGAUCCUAACCAACUGUGCUACAACUGUGACUCGUGUAAAGCAGGUGUGUUAGGGAACCUACGGAAAGAAUGGAAAGAGGCAAACGUGAUAUUGAUUAUAGCUGUGAUUGUUCUCAUUUGCCUCUAUCUCAUAGCGUUUAAUGCUUUCAAGAAUUCACAAGCAGGGUCCAAAAAGUAGACUGCACUACUGCUGCUAUGUUAGGAUCAAUAACUUACACAGUUCAACUAUGAUAUUUAGACCAUGUUUUUCAAGGUGAUGCUGUUUUCCACAAUACUCGAGUGUCAUAGCUGUAAGGACUGGCACAUCAUGCAAUGAAAGUUAUACAUAGUAAAAGGUCAUCUUUCUUGAA